GGUUUUAAGUGUAUGAUACACGGAGAUACAGUGACUGAAGUCAAGAAAAACAAAGUACCUGGUACAUAUGUGGUUGUGAUUUUGAGACCUAGUCCCUCCACACAAUGGAAAAAGCAAGCACUCCAUGUAAAGUACAUCAGUGUUCUAAGUGUCCGGGGGACACAGAGUACUAUUGUGUAUCGUGUCUAUGUGAUCUGUGUCCCCAGUGUAAAGAGAACCAUGUAAAAGAUCUCCAAACAAUAGACCAUGAUGUUGUGUCACACCGUGAUAAAAUCAACUACAUCCCAACACAAGAGAUCUGUGUGAGACAUCCUAGCAAAGUUUAUACAAAGUACUGUGAACCUUGUGAAGUUCCUGCCUGUAAUAAUUGCCAAACACAUAGAAAACACAAGAAGACAAAUGUUAGAACAGCCUAUAAAACAAAGCGACAACAACACAGAGGAACCAUUCACACCAUCAGAAGUGAAGCUCUCUUUCACAGACCUGUUCUCCUGCCACGAAUCAAAACUGAUUUCAAAACCUGUCGCACAGAAUUCUCCCUCUAUCAAUCAGAGAUGUUAACAAAGGCCCAGACACUGAAGAAUCUCAUUAACAUAGUGAGAAAAGAUUUCAUGAAAAAUGUGUUUUGUGACUUUGAUUUCAAACACAGAUGUUUAAAACAGAAGAAAGAAAUGAUCAUACAUAUUGUCAGCCUACAGAGAUAUGUAUACAUAUAUGAACAGAGGAGAGUAAUCAGACCGCUACAAUUCCUCUCCUCCAUAAAGACAGCCCUCCCCCAGAUACAUCCUACACUCCACACCAGCCAGCUCUCCAUGACUGAGUCACUCAACAAGGAGGAUGUGAUGGAGUCACUGAGUGCAAUCCAAAUCACAGAGAGAGGAAACCGACGCGUAGGAAACCAGUGUCUGCUGAAACUGACGUCUGUUCCUGAGUUCCAUCAAUCUCUCACACUGACAGGUGUUGAUCGUUGUUUUCACAUUUCCUGUGUGACAUCAGGCCGGGUCUGGGUCAGUGAUGAAUACAAUCUCAUCUUUACAGACACAACAGGUGUCCCUCUACAUCUUGUGGAGGAUUCAUGUAGUCCGAGUGAUGAUAUAUUUACUGGUAAUGGAUUACACACAGUGAACAGUGAGAGUGAACUGAUUUAUAUAGAUGAGGAUUAUAACAUCAGCAAACUGUCAAAGGAUAUGAAAACAACCACCACAUUUAUAAAGAGAACAGACUCUACAUGGAGACCAUGGUGUGUGUACUGGUCCCUGUCCACUGGGGAUCUACUGGUCGGGAUGUGUUAUAUAAAUGACUAUACAGUGACAGGCAAGGUAACCCGGUACAACCAGAGCGGACAACUGACACAAACCAUAGAACAUGACAACACAGGAAGGGGACUGUAUAGUGAACCUAUCUAAAUAGAGAACAACAAUGGGGAUGUCGUGGUGUCUGACUCUAUCUAUAUGUCUGAUGCUGUAGUGGUGACAGAGCGUGGAGGAAGACAUCGUUUCUCCUACACAGGACCUCCAUCAGGAUCACGACUAGAGCCACGUGGAAUCUGUACUGACGCGCUGUCACACAUCCUGGUGUGUGAUUAUAGAACCAAAACAGUACAGAUGUUGGAUAAGGACGGUCAGUUCCUGUCACAUCUACUGACAGAAUCACAAGAGAUGGGUGAACCAUGGAGCCUGAGUUAUGAUGUCAACACUCACCGUCUCUGGGUCGGAUCAGAGGACAACAACAAGCUGUGUGUCUACAGGUAUAUCACCAGACAGGACGCUCUGACAGAUCAAAGUCAUGUGAUGGAGUCACUGAGUGGAAUCCCAACCCCAGGGACAGAAAAACCACUGCAAGGAAACCAGUGUCUGCUGAAACUGAUGUCUCCCCCCGAGUUACUUCACGCCAUCACAGUGACAGAUGUUGAUCUUUGUUAUCACAUUUCCUGUGUGACAUCAGACCGGGUCUGGGUCAGUUAUAGAAACAAUCUCAUCUUUACAGACACAACAGGUGUCCCUCUACAUCGUGUGGAGGAUUCAUGUAGUAUUUAUAAAAUAGGAUCAUACACAGUGAACAGUGAGAGUGAACUGAUUUAUAUACAUAGGAAUUAUUACAUCAACAAGCUGUCAAAGGAUAUGAAAACAACCACCACAUUUAUAAAGAGAACAGACUCUACAUGGGAACCACGGUGUGUGUACUGGUCCCCGUCCACUGGGGAUCUACUGGUCGGGAUUUGUUAUAUACAUACAAGGACAAAGACAGGCAAGGUAACCCGGUACAACCAGAGCGGACAACUCACACAAACCAUACAACAUGACAACACAGGACUGAGACUGUAUAGUGUACCUCACUAUAUAACAGAGAACAACAAUGGGGAUGUCGUGGUGUCUGACCGUUGUGCUGUAGUGGUGACAGAGCGUGGAGGAAGACAUCGUUUCUCCUACACAGGACAUCCAGCAGGAUCACGACUAGAUCCACGUGGAAUCUGUACUGACGCGCUGUCACACAUCCUGGUGUGUGAUUAUAGAACCAACACAGUACAGAUGUUGGACAAGGACGGUUGUGAUUUUGAGACCUAGUCCCUCCACACAAUGGAAACAGCAAGCACUCCAUGUAAAGUACAUCGGUGUUCUAAGUGUCCGGGGGACACAGAGUACUAUUGUGUAUCGUGUCCAUGUGAUCUGUGUCCCCAGUGUAAAGAGAACCAUGUAAAAGAUCUCCAAACAAAAGACCAUGAUGUUGUGUCAUACCGUGAUAAACUCAACUACAUGUACAUCCCAACACAAGAGAUCUGUGUGAGACAUCCUAGCCAUGUCUAUAUAAAAUACUGUGAACCGUGUCAAGAUCCUGUCUGUUACCAUUGCACACAGCAUAGAAAUCACCGACAAUUAGUUAUUACAACAUCCUAUAACACAAAGCGACAACAACACAGAGGAACCAUUCACACCAUCAGAAGUGAGGCUCUCUUUUACAGACCUGUUCUCCUGCCACGAAUCAAAACUGAUUUCAAAACCUGUCGCACAGAAUUCUCCCUCUAUCAAUCAGAGAUGUUAACAAAGGCCCAGACACUGAAGAAUCUCAUUGACUAUAUACAAAACGAUUUCAUGUGUAAUUUGUCCUGUGACUUUGAUUUUAAACACAGAUGUUUAAAACAGCAGAAAGAAAUGAUCAGACAUAUUGUCAGCCUACAGAGAUAUGUAUACAUAUAUGAACAGAGGAGAGUAAUCAGACCGCUACAAUUCCUCUCCUCCAUAAAGGCAGCCCUCCCUCAGAUACAUCCUACACUCCACACCAGCCAGCUCUCCAUGACUGAGUCACUCAACAAGGAGGAUGUGAUGGAGUCACUAAGUGCCAUCCAAAUCACAGAAGGAGGAAACCGACGCUUAGGAAUCCAGUGUCUGCUGAAACUGACGUCUGUUCCUGAGUUCCAUUAAUCACUCACAGUGAUAGGUGUCGGUCGUUGUUUGCAAAUUUCCUGUGUGACAUCAGACCGGGUCUGGGUCAGUGAUAGAAACAAUCUCAUCUUGACAGACACAACAGGUGUCCUUCUACAUCAUGUGGAGGAUUUAUGUAGUGAUUUAUAUGGAGGAUUACACACAAUAAACAGUGAGAGUGAACUGAUUUAUAUAGAUAGCGACAACACAGGACGGGAACUGUAUAGUAGACCUGACUAUAUAACAGAGAACAACAACGGGGAUGUCGUGGUGUCUGACUUUGGGUCUUAUGCCGUAGUGGUGACAGAGCGUGGAGGAAGACAUCGUUUCUCCUACACAGGACCUACAUCAGGAUCACGAUUAGGGCCACGUGGAAUCUGUACUGACGCGCUGUCAUACAUCCUGGUGUGUGAUAUUAUAACCAAAACAGUACAGAUGUUGGACAAGGACGGUCAGUUCCUGUCACAUCUACUGACAAAAUCACAAGAGAUGGGUGAACCAUGGAGCCUGAGUUAUGAUGUCAACACUCACCGUCUCUGGGUCGGAUCAUGGUACAACAACAUGGUGUGUGUCUACAGGUAUAUCACCAGACAGGACGCUCUGACAGAUCUAGAUCCAGAGGAAACAGAUGUGAUGGAGUCACUGAGUGCAAUCCAAAUCACAGAGAGAGGAAACCGACGCAUAGGAAACCAGUGUCUGCUGAAACUGACAUCUGGUGCUGAGCUCCAUCAAUCUCUCACAGUGACAGGUGUUGAUCGUUGUUAUCACAUUUCCUGUGUGACAUCAGACCGGGUCUGGGUCGGUGAUAGAGAAAGCAAUCUCAUCUUGAUAGACACAACAGGUGUCCCUCUACAUCGUGUGCAGGAUUCAUGUAGUGGUUUAUAUAGAGGAUUACACACAGUGAACAGUGAGAGUGAACUGAUUUAUAUAGAUAUGAAUGAUAACAUCAACAAACUGUCAAAGGAUAUGAAAACAACCACCACAUUGAUAGAGAGAACAGCGUCUACAUGGAGACCACGGUGUUUGUUCUGGUCCCCGUCCACUGGGGAUCUACUGGUCGGGAUGUAUAACAAUGAUACAGACACAGGCAAGGUAACCCGGUACAACCAGAGCGGACAACUCACACAACCUAUACAACAUGACAACACAGGACGGCGACUGUGUAGAAAACCUCGCUAUAUAACAGAGAACAACAAUGGGGAUGUCGUGGUGUCUGACUAUGAGUCUAGUGCUGUAGAGGUGACAGAGCGUGGAGGAAAACAUCGUUUCUCCUACAGAGGACAUCCAUCAGGAUCAGGACUAGAGCCAUGUGGAAUCUGUACUGACGCGCUGUCACACAUCCUGGUGUGCGAUGAUAAAACCAAAACAGUACAGAUGUUGGACAAGGACGGUCAGUUCCUGUCACAUCUACUGACAAAAUCACAAGAGAUGGAUGAACCAUGGGGCCUGAGCUAUGAUGUCAACACUCACCGUCUCUGGGUCGGAUCAUGGGACAACAACAAGGUGUGUGUCUACAGGUAUAUCACCAGACAGGACGCUCUGACAGAUCAAAGUCGUGUGAUGGAGUCACUGAUUGGAAUCCCAACCCCAGGGACAGAAAAACCACAGCAAGGAAACCAGUGUCUGCUGAAACUGAUGUCUCCCCCCGAGUUACUUCACUCUCUCACAGUGACAGAUGUCCGUCGUUGUUAUCACAUUUCCUGUGUGACAUCAGACCGGGUCUGGGUCAGUGAAAGAAAGAGUAUCAUCUUGACAGACACAACAGGUGUCCCUCUACAUCGUGUGGAGGAUUCAUGUAUUUAUUUUAAUGGAGGAUUACACACAGUGGACAGUGAGAGUGAACUGAUUUAUAUAGAUAUGAAUUCUAACAUCAACAAACUGUCAAAGGACAUGAAAACUACCACCACACUUAUAGAGAAAACAGACUCUAUAUGGUGGCCACAGUGUGUGUACUGGUCCCCGUCCACUGGGGAUCUACUGGUCGGGAUGUGGUAUAUACAUACAAACACAGGCAAGGUAACCCGGUACAACCAGAGUGGACAACUGACACAAACCAUAAAACAUGACAACACAGGACGGGGACUGUAUAGUAGACCUAUCUAUAUAACAGAGAACAACAAUGGGGAUGUCGUGGUGUCUGACUAUUGGACUGCUGUAGUGGUGACAGAACGUGGAGGAAAACAUCGUUUCUCCUACACAGGACCUCCAUCAGGAUCAGGACUACAGCCACAUGGAAUCUGUACUGACGCGCUGUCACACAUCCUGGUGUGUGAUGAUAUAACCAAAACAGUACAGAUGUUGGACAUGGACGAGAUAGAGAGAGAAACCGCAAGCACCCCAUGUAAAGUACAUCAGUGUUCUAAGUGUCCGGGGGACACAGAGUACUAUUGCAUAUCGUGUCCAUGUGAUCUGUGUCCCCAGUGUAAAGAGAACCAUGUAAAAGAUCUCCAAACAAUAGACCAUAAUGUUGUGUCACACCGUUAUAAAAUCAACUACAUCCCAACACAAGAGAUCUGUGUGAGACAUUCUAGCCAUGUUUAUAUAAAGUACUGUGAACUUUGUCAAGUUCCUGUCUGUUAUCAUUGCACACAACAUAGAAAUCACCGACAAUUAGUUGUUAGAAGAGCUUACAGGACAAAGCGACAACAACACAGAGGAACAAUUCACACCAUCAGAAGUGAGGCUCUCUUUUACAGACCUGUUCUCCUGCCUCUAAUCAAAACUGAUUUCAAAACCUGUCGCACAGAAUUCUCCCUCUAUCAAUCAGAGAUGUUAACAAAGGCCCAGACACUGAAUCAUCUCAUUGACUAUAUACAAAACGAUUUCAUGUGUAAUGUGUUCUGUGACUUUGAUUUCAAACACAGAUGUUUAAAACAGAAGAAAGAAAUAAUCAUUCAUAUUGACAGCCUACAGAGAUAUGUAUACAUAUAUGAACAGAGGAGAGUCAUCAGACCGCUACACUUCCUCUCCUCCAUAAAGACAGCCCUCCCCCAGAUACAUCCUACACUCCACACCAGCCAGCUCUCCAUGACUGAGUCACUCAACAAGGAGGAUGUGAUGGAGUCACUGAGUGCAAUCCAAAUCACAGAGAGAGGAAACCGACGCUGGGGAAACCAGUGUCUUCUGAAACUGAUGUCUGCUCCUGAGCUCCAUGGAUCUCUCACAGUGACAGGUGUUGAUCGUUUUUAUCACAUUUCCUGUGUGACAUCAGACCGGGUCUGGGUCAGUGAUCAUAGAAACAAUCUCAUCUUGACAGACACAACAGGUGUCCUUCUACAUUGUGUGGAGGAUUCAUGUAGUGAUUUAUAUGGAGGAUUACACACAGUGAACAGUGAGAGUGAACUGAUUUAUAUAGACAGGAAUUAUAACAUCAAGAAACUGUCAAAGGAUAUGAAAACAACCACCACAUUUAUAGAGAGAACAGACUCUACAUGGAGACCACGGUGUGUGUACUGGUCCCCGUCCACUGGAUAUCUACUGGUCGGGAUGCGUCAUAUAUAUACAGAGACAGGCAAGGUAACCCGGUACAACCAGAGUGGACAACUGACACAAACCAUACAGCACGACAACACAGGACGGCGACUGUAUAGUAGUCCUACCUAUAUAACAGAGAACAACAAUGGGGAUGUCGUGGUGUCUGACUUAUACAAAGACUAUAAGUCUGGUGCUGUAGUGGUGACAGAGCGUGGAGGAAGACAUCGUUUCUCCUACACAGGACCUCCAUCAGGAUUUGGACUAAACCCAUGGGGAAUCUGUACUGACGCGCUGUCACACAUCCUCGUGUGCGAUAUUAUAAUCAAAACAGUACAGAUGUUGAAUAACGACGGUCAGUUCCUGUCACAUCUACAGACAAAUUCACAAGAGAUGGUUGUACCAUGCAGCCUGAGUUAUGAUGUCAACACUCACCGUCUCUGGUUCGGAUCAUACAACAAGGUGUGUGUCUACAGGUAUAUCACAAGACAGGACGCUCUGACAGAUCAAAGUCGUGUGAUGGAGUCACUGAAUGGAAUCCCAACCCCAGGGACAGAAAAAUCGAAGCAAGGAAACCAGUGUCUGCUGAAACUGAUGUCUCCCCCCGAGUUACUUCACUCUCUCACAGUGACAGAUCUUGAUUGUUUUUAUCACAUUUCCUGUGUGACACCAGACCGGGUCUGGGUCAGUGAUGGUGAAAACAAACUCAUCUUGACUGAAACAACAGGUGUCCCUCUACAUCGUGUGGAUUCAUGUAGUGGUAAAUAUGGAGGAUUACACACAGUGAACAGUGAGAGUGAACUGAUUUAUAUAGACAGGAAUUAUAACAUCAAGAAACUGUCAAAGGAUAUGAAAACAACCACCACAUUUAUAGAGAUAACAUACUCUACAUGGAGACCACGGUGUGUGUACUGGUCCCCGUCCACUGGAUAUCUACUAGUCGGGAUGCAUCAUAUAUAUAAAGGCGAGGUAACCCGGUACAACCAGAGUGGACAACUGACACAAACCAUACAGCACGACAACACAGGACGGCGACUGUAUAGAAAACCUCGCUAUAUAACAGAGAACAACAAUGGGGAUGUCGUGGUGUCUGACUUAUAUAAAGACUAUAAGUCUGGUGCUGUAGUGGUGACAGAGCGUGGAGGAAGACAUCGUUUCUCCUACACAGGACCUCCAUCAGGAUCAGGACUAGAGCCUCUAGGAAUCUGUACUGACGCGCUGUCACACAUCCUGGUGUGUGAUUGGAUAACCAACACAGUACAGAUGUUGGACAAGGACGGUCAGUUCCUGUCACAUCUACAGACAAAAUCACAAGUGAUGGUUUUACCAUGCAGCCUGAGUUAUGAUGUCAACACUCACCGUCUCUGGGUCGGAUCAUACAACAAGAUGUGUGUCUACAGGUAUAUCACCAGACAGGACGCUCUGACAGGU